AAGACCGAUUUACAAUGUAUCACUUUGGACAACGCAAUUUUUAAGGAUUGUCAAGAACUUUAUCAAAUUAACAGAGGUUUAUGAAAUCGAUGAAGAUAACCCAAUCGGAGUGAGGCUUCCGGAUGCGGAACAUCAAGGUCAUAUAAUGAAACGCAGAAAAAUAGAAUGCAAAGAAUACAAAUCUUUCGAUGAUAAAUAUGUUCAAAUUCCACUUAAAAUAUUUAACAUGCUUAGCAGCAGCAAAUUCGCCCCUGAUCCACGCGUCAGUCUUGCAGCAAUAAAGAAUCUUCAAGUUGGUCAACAUUUUGUUCUCCCAAAUUUCGGUCAGGAACCAAAACAUUUUUCUGAGGGUUACCUGGGAAGGAAACUCUAUGUUACAAAUCAAAUGAUUAAUGUGUGGAAUGAUAUCUCAAAAGAUCAACUUCAUUCUUUCAAACGCGUCCUGUCGGGCCCAAUGGGCGUAGGGAAGUCAUACAUCGCGUUGUACCUCGCCGCAAGGGCAUAUGCUGAAGGAUGGCUAAUACUCUAUAUCGCAGACGCAGCUGAGUUAGAUGUGGAUACACCAGAGAAAGCGGGAAAGGUUAUCUGCGAGUACUUUCUGGCUCUAAAUAGGGAUAUUGUAACUGGUGACGGGCUUGAGAUGCUUGUGGAGAAUGUUACUUUUUCUUCUGAAAAGGAUUUCAUUAUCGUUGCUGAAAUAAUUUUGGGAGAGCUACCUAAACAAGUAGAGCGCAAGACUCUUUUUGUCAUCGACGAGCAUGGCGUAUUAUUCGAAGAAGAUCCUCCAGUGCCUAAAAGACUUCAUCUUUUGAGCCCACUGAUGAACCUUACUUUCUGGGCUGAACAUUAUAAGGGUGUACGUGUAAUUUUUACAGGAAUUUCACACGCAAAGUAUGAGAUGAAAUACAUGAAAAAUGGUCAGAACAUAUGGUGGGUGAUUUAUAUCAGCCCAUUAGAGGACAACGUAUUUGAUAUAUUGUUAGUUACGCACCCUCUUCUGAAGAAAUCAGGCAUUAAAGAAAAAGUGAAAGAAGCUACAAAUUGCAUACCACAUGUGCGGACUGAUCAGUUACUCAAUCUUGCUCAAGAAUACUACAAUGGUCUCGAAAAAAAUAGUAAAAACCGCUAUUAUGACGCCCUGACAAGUAUCUUUCUUCCUAAUAAACCCACUAUACAAUUUGAUUGGCACAUUUUGGAUCUUGGGUUAAUCUACCGGUUUCAUAGGGAUGGAGAUUUUACUCGUUACCUUCCAAUAUGUCCACCGGCUCAGAAAGCCUUUUUAAAGAUGUAUAAGUCAUUUGACCUACCAAAAGAAAUAAAAUAUCAACUCAAUAUUGGAAAACUGUCCGGUCCUCAAUUUGAGGAAGCCCUAUUCAAUAGGCUUGUGUCCAGAUCUAACACGACAAUACUCCUCCAGGCAACGGAUCUUAAUAAUAGAAAAACAAACCCUGUUAAGAUCGAAUUUGAAGAUUAUGCAAUAAUAAAGCAACCCAACUUAUCCCUUGGAUCUGGUUGUGAUGAAGUUUUAGGUCGUGGCUUCGAUGGAUAUCCCCGAUUUGACUUUAUGCUCGGAACCAUAUUUAUACAAGUAUCAAUUAGUAGCUUCACCAAACAUAACAACGAAUCAUCAAAAAAUAUCGAGAAAGCAUUUGAACCAAUGCUUCCACAAGCUGGUAUCACUGCAAAUGAUAUUAAUGGAAGAAACCAAAUUGAAAUAUACUUGGACGAGAUAUAUGGACCCACCCAUUCUGCUAGAAUAGAUCCUAUAAGCCGUAAGUUUAAUGUUUCCAAAAAUGGCAAACACAAACCUGGAUUUCGAAUCGUCUAUAUUCGAGGUUCACCCGGUACUGCCAAGCAUUCGACAAAAGGUAAAAAGUUCCCUGAAAUAGCUCAUGUUACUUUCGAUGAAAUCAAAAGAAACCUUUUUCAAAAUGUAUUAUAA